GCCACCGCCAAGCUCAGUUUCUGCUGGGUGCUGUAGACCAGUCUAAAAUCAUCGGAAAGCCCCAAUUUUUGCACGGAUUUUUGUCAUUUUAAAGAAGAUCGGUGUUACCCACAGUAAUAUUUGAGACAUUGAAAUAUUCAUGGGUUUAUUGGUCCAAGCUGAUAAGAUGUAGUUGCUUAAAUCGAGGAGAUCUGGUUGUCUAAAGUUGGCGAUCUUUGAGUUCCCACACAGUGUGCUGACGUUGACCGUGUUUCCACACGACAGGCUACGGACCCGUUAUUGACAAAUUGCGUGUACACAUAACAUGCCAUAACACGGUAAUGGUGUACGGGUGGUCAACAACCAGAAAACCCAAUUUGAUCGUUACUUGUAAUCAGCCUUAAUUCCAUGAUUUUCAUCAUUUUGUGAGGUUCUAACUUCAGCCAUAUACUCUUCACCGGUAUGACAGACGCUUCAACCACGCUGACAAGCCUAUGGGUGGGCGAAGGUGCAAGUAGCCCUCUGAAGAGUACACCGACCACACCAUCUAAGGUCGUCAACGAAGAUAUCCUCAACUUUUAUAAAGAAGCUGGUAUAGAGGGAAUAGCCAAGGAGGCCGGCGUACUAGACACACAUGGAGGUUUAACAACACUCAAAGAGCAGAAUGUGCAACAUGUACAGAGAGUUUUUCCCGUUUUGCAGUUAGUGACGUCGUCGCCUCGGUCACAGCUGAAGACCGGCGGGGCUCAAUUAUUACCCAAGUUCCAAGUCGUCACUUCAUCGUCCGGCACACCAAUGACGUUGAUAGCUGAGCCAAGGACUAUACUUCAAGCUGCCCCUAACACCACUCAUAUGUUACCAACUUCAAUGGUUCAACAGUCCACAACAUGGAGCGGACAAUACAUCAAUAACGUUGAAGCGCAAAACCUCAAUCCGUUCAACAAAUUUCCCGUUGAUAGAAAAAAACGAACGCAAGAGUACGCCGCCUCGGACUUUGGGGACAACAGCGCGAAGAGAAAGAAACGGGAGAAAGAGAGCAAAGGACUGCGACACUUCUCUAUGAAAGUCUGCGAGAAGGUGCAGAAGAAAGGCGUGACGUCUUACAAUGAGGUCGCUGAUGAGUUGGUCCGAGAGUUUAGUAUGCCACCACAUCAGUCACAAAUGUCGCCUCAUGAUCAGUUACAGUAUGACCAAAAGAAUAUCAGACGGCGCGUCUACGACGCCCUCAACGUUCUAAUGGCGAUGAACAUCAUCUCGAAGGAGAAGAAAGAAAUCAAAUGGAUCGGUCUGCCGACCAAUUCAGCGCAGGAGUGCGCCAACCUGGAGGUACAGAAGAAGGAGAAAGAAGACAGGAUACGACAGAAGACUGCUCAGCUACAAGAGCUCAUUCUACAACAAAUAGCCUUUAAGAAUCUUGUACAGAGAAAUAAGAGGCUAGAGGAGUCAGGAGUCGGACCUCCUACCAGUAAUUCAGCGAUCCAUCUGCCAUAUAUCAUCGUUAACACAAGCAAGAAAACAGUCAUAGAUUGUAGUAUUUCAAAUGACAAGUUUGAGUAUCUAUUCAACUUUGACAACACCUUUGAGAUUCAUGACGAUAUAGAAGUUUUAAAGAGGAUGGGUAUGGCGUUUGGUCUGGAGAAAGGACAGUGUACUCACGGAGACUUAGAACGAGCUCGUUGCAUGGUUCCAAAAGCGUUAGAUCAAUAUGUACUGGAAAUGGCAGAUAAAGAGAGUGGUACAACAUCGAGCACAUCAAUUAGGGCAGGACCCAGCGGUAUCCACACCCACGCCUCAUCUAGCCACGCCCAAGCCACACCCUCAAGCACCAAGGCGUUCCAUCGUAAUCCUCAGCUCUCACCGUUAGCCACGCCCUUAUCCCAGACGGAUGAAGAGGUAGCCAUGACGGUGGCGGGGUUCGGAUCAGCCUCUCAGAGUUCCAGCUUGGGGUCGUUCUCGGACGCCGGGCCGUCCCGGGGAGCGACCGACACGCCCUCUUCUCUCAUGGAUAGCGGAUCGGAUUCGGAGUCCGAGAUUGAUGUAUGAUCGCAAACACAUAAGUCAACUAAGAGUAUUUAUUAUGCAAAUUUGAUGUUAUCCAAAUGACACUAGGGGACUGUUGAGGCUCAAAGUUGUACAAGUAUGGAAUAUUUGUUUCUUUUGUUCAGCAAAGUUCUGACCUUACCUGGCAAGUCCAGGCCUGGAAUUUCAUCUUUGAGAGGGCAAGGCCACUCUCAAUGGAAAAUCUUAAAGUCUAUUGGAAAGUGUUGAUGGGGUACCAAGGCUUGGGACAAAUCCAGGCCUGAUUUCUGCUGCCUCCAGUUUUUUUCUUAAGACUGAGAGACUCCCAAGAUCUGCCUUGAAUGAAAAAGACAAACAAGAUGACUGUUAUGUGGUUGUAGGUUUUUUUUUUUUUUCCUUCUUUUUCUCAUGUUUUUUAAUUCUAUAAGGGCUGCAUAGCUCAAUUGGUAGGGUGCAAGCACAUUCAAAUCCCGCUCCUGUCAAUUUUUCUUUGUUCAACCCCAAAACUUUCCUUUGUGAUUUAUUAUUUGAUAUUUGAAAUACAAAAUCGCAUCCCUUAAGUUGAUCCCUCUGCUGCCGCUUCCCAGGUUGUAUCGUCAAAUUGGGUGUGAUCCCUGGCUAAACAGUAGUUACAGGUCAAACGGCUUUUGACUGGCACACCUGAACAAAGAUAUUGACAAAAUAGGGAAGACCACCAAGUCUAGGGCUACAGCUCCGUUGGUAGAGCGCCGGUGUGUUAAUCCGGGGGUCUCAGGUUCAAACCUUGCUCUUGUCAAGUGUCACAUUGUCUUGACAACCUAAAUAUGUAUGUCAUACGUCACAUGGACAAUAUUUUCAACUCAUAACUUUUGUAAAAAGGUUUUGUUGGUUUUCGUUUUGUAUGUAUCUACUGUUUGCAGUUGAAAUAUAUAAUCAUGAGCACUUUAAAGGUUUUGUUUUCUCAAUAAUUUUUGCAUUAUUUUUAAUUUAAGAGUUGACCACUGGUAGAAAACAAAAUAGGGUUCGGGCAGUCUUUUGGGGGAAAAACUACUUUGGAAAACUAUAGGUAUUAUACAGGAUUGGUAGAGCUGACCAAAUAGUCGCAGACAGUGUUUAUGUUUUGUGUGAUCAACCAUGAAAACAUGAAAUAAUAAACCUGUGAAAAUUUGAGCCUAAUCUAUUGUGUGAGUCAGGAGAACAUAGUGAAAAAUAACGCACAAUUUUCAGCAAGUAAAGACAGUGUCCUUAGUUUUGGUUGUAAAAAACGAAGUUGCAUUGAUAUUUCCAGAUACAAUCUUUUGAAUAUUAAACCAUUUCAGAGGGAAAAAAUUUUACCAAAAAAAAAUGGUUCUGUUAUGAACUUCAUAAUCAGCAAGCUUUCACAUAUAAAUUUAACAAUGAUGUUUGUUAUCGUUACCAAUCCUGUAUCUUAUAACACCUUUAAGUUUUUGGGAAACAUACCUUAUCUUGAUUCAAAGAGUGUAAGCGUACAUAAUACCAGUCUCAUCUGUUUUUGAAGAAAUGCAUCAUAUGGAACUAAUUCAUUAAUCAUGUGUGAUAUGUGUUAGUUUGGUUUGCAUCAUGUAUCCUAACAACGGUUAUUUGAACGAUUUGAUUCUGAUCAAAUUCUGACCUUCUGUUUUAUUUUCUAAACACAUUCACUGUCUCCAACCUAAGAUAUUUCAAUUAUGGUUUUAUCGAAACGUCCUAGUCUUGACUGACGACAUUUGUUUUGUUAGCAUAGUCGCCGGUAUCCCAACAUGAAUUACUGGAGUAGAGAUGUAUGUAUCAAACAAACAUUUUGGCGGCUGUAACCAAUAACUGUUUCGGUCACUGAUAAGUGUUUUAAGGCAGUGGACACU